AUGCCUUACCAUUUCCAGUCCAAACCUACAGACCACGUCUGCAGUUGAAGAGGGAGAGAAGGAUAGUGAGGGGAAUAGCGUAGUGGGGCAGUCACAGCAAAGAUACUAGGGAAGGAAAGAAAAACUUGAUAUAACAUGCACUGUUAAUAACCUUUGCAAAUUACUCACUUUAAAAAGAGUUAACACAUAGUUUGAGCUGUGAAGUGUGGUUAAGGGGACUGAACAGAGAUCAGCGGAUAAGAAGCCUAUUCUUACCCUGCAGACAACUACUUUUCAGAGGCUCUUUUACUCAGUCGCACAGGAUGGAGCCUCUGAGAGCAGCCUGGAUUUGCCUGUUUCUGUGCUCUGUAUGCAGCUCUAGCCCUGCCAAAUUCAGCCCAGAGGCCUGGCUACAACAGUAUGGAUAUCUUCCCCCAGGAGAUCUGCGGACACACACCUUACGCUCCCCUCAGUCCAUGAAUUCUGCCAUCUCUGCCAUGCAGAAGUUCUAUGGGUUAAAAGUUACAGGAACAUUUGACAGUGACACAGAGAAAGCAAUGAAGAGGCCACGAUGUGGAGUCCCUGACAAAUUUGGUGCUGAAAUAAAGGCAAAUGUGAGACGGAAGAGAUAUGCCAUCCAAGGUUUGAAGUGGCAGCACAAGGACAUCACAUUCUGCAUACAGAAUUACACUCCCAAAAUUGGCGAGUAUUCUACCCAUGAGGCAAUUCGGAGAGCCUUUAAAGUUUGGGAGAGUGUAACACCACUGCGCUUCCAGGAGGUUCGAUAUGUGGAUAUCCAAGAUGGAUACACUAAACAUGCUGACAUCAUGUUAUUUUUUGCUGAGGGUUUCCAUGGAGACAGCACUCCUUUUGAUGGAGAGGGGGGCUUUUUAGCACAUGCAUAUUUUCCUGGGACAGGCAUUGGAGGUGAUACACACUUUGAUUCUGCAGAACCUUGGACAGCUAGGAAUGAGGAUCUCGAAGGUAAUGAUCUGUUCCUGGUGGCUGUACAUGAGCUUGGUCAUGCACUUGGUUUGGAACAUUCAAAUGAUCCAUCAGCAAUUAUGGCUCCCUUUUAUCAGUGGAUGGACACAACGAAUUUUCAGCUACCAGAUGAUGACCGCAGAGGAAUCCAACAGCUCUAUGGCCCUAAUCAUGGAGAAGGUCCUCCAACUCGUGCACCUUACCCUACAAGAUCUCCCACACAAACCCAGAGACCAGAUGAUUCCCCACAUGAUCCCAACCCACCCACUUUUGGACCUGACAUCUGUCAGGGCAACUUUGACACAAUUGCUGUGUUAAGGGGAGAGAUGUUUGUCUUCAAGGAACGCUGGUUCUGGCGUGUACGUCAUAAACGUAUAAUGGAUGGAUACCCUAUGCCUAUUGGACAAUUCUGGCGUGGUCUCCCCAGCUCCAUUAAUUCAGCUUAUGAGCGAAAGGAUGGCAAAUUUGUGUUUUUCAAAGGUGAUAUGCACUGGGUAUUUGAUGAAGCUAUCUUAGAGCCAGGUUAUCCUAAAACCCUAAAGGAGAUGGGCCGUGGACUUCCAAGCGACAGAAUUGAUGCAGCCCUCUAUUGGAUGCCAAAUGGAAAGACCUACUUCUUCAGGGGAACCAAGUAUUACCGGUUUAAUGAGGAGACGAGAGCAGUGGAUCCAGAAUACCCCAAGCCUGUCGAAGUGUGGGAAGGCAUCCCAGACUCUAUCAAAGGAGCAUUCAUGGGCAGUGAUGGAGCCUUCACUUACUUUUACAAGGGUAACAAGUAUUGGAAGUUCAACAACCAGCAACUGAAGACAGAGUCUGGCUACCCUAAAUCCGUUUUGGUCGACUGGAUGGGCUGCAGCACUGUUCAACAGCCAGAAGAGGAUGAUGACAGGGAGGUGGUUAUUAUUGAGGUAGACGAGGCGAGUGGUGGAGUGAGUGCUGCAGCCAUUGUCGUUCCUGUCCUUCUUCUGCUUUGUGUUAUUUCCCUUGGACUGGCUGUGGUGCUUUUCAGGCAAUGUGGCACACCGAAGAGGAUUCUUUAUUGGCAGCGGUCCCUUUUGGAUAAAGUGUGACCACCUACACUUAGAAAUUUGCACCCUCCCCCUGAAUUACUGCCUCUCCAGCCCUCCUCUGUCUGCCUCAUACAAAUGAUACAGGGAGCAGAAUCAGCUUCCAGGAAAGAGAGAAGCGCUAAUGCAAUUUGCACCAACUUUGCCUCUUACUAUUUUCUCUAGUGGCACGUGUUGUGUUUAACCCCUUCACUGCCAGACUGGGGCCAAGAUGAUUGAACAGAUUAUGAUAAGUGUUUGGUCAUUAGGGCCUGUUCUCUCAAAUAACAGCAAGUUACAAAAGUCAUGACAGAGAGGGACAUGAACUUGAGCUUUAAAAGGACUAAUACUGUUUAGUUUUUGAAAUUCAAAAUAAAUAUGAGCCUUCGUUCUUUUCCUUCCUACAAACACCCAAUGUUUUAUCACCAGCCAGAAGUAAAGAGCCCUGUUCCUAGCUGGGUAUGAAUGUGCUAGUCAUAAGGAUUUUUUUUUGUCCAGGAAUAUGGAGGUGUACACUCAGGAACAUACUCCUUGAACUGCAUGGGAUUUGAUAUAGGACACACAAUGUUUUAAAUAUUGAUUAGAAGGUCAGUGUCAUGGUAAUUAUACAUUAAAGGCAUUGAUAUGAAUGAUGAAUUAAACUACAGGAGAGCACAUUAAACUGGCUGUUAACCACAAGUCUUGGUUACUAAGCUUUUAGAUAUGCCAAAUAAUUCUGCCAGUCCCAUGGAAACUACAGAUAAACUGUAUAAGUGUCCUAAGGGGAAGAUAUAUAAAACUUGUAGUAGCUUCUCUCCACUUACGUAUUGCUGUAACCCAACGGUAGUUAGUAUGUUGUGUGAUCCCUUCAUAUUCCUGGACAGUAUACCCUAAAAAAUAGCCCCACCACUUAAUCAGUAGAAAAGCCAGUGAUGGGAUUGUUUUGUAAGGUGUGACAUGGGGACUGUUGAGGAGUUAGUUUCUUUCUCUCUUUUUUUAAUUUUUUUUUGCAGAGCAGGAAUCUGUAUAUAGAAGUGGGGGGGGGGGCAAGUCUAAGAUAAACAUUGCCCAAAUCCUUUAGUGCCUUAUUAGGUGUCCCUCAACCACCCAUUUUCUUCUAUGACGCCUCCUCUAAGCCCUCCACCUUUAUAAUCUGAUGAUUCUGUAAGGGAAAGGGUUAAUGUGCAGCUCCCUGCUACCUACAGAUCAUUGCUGAGGGAUGGACAUUGCUCUGUAGGUACUUUGGAAGGUAUUGGCUAUUUUUUUUUGUAUACAAUCUGGCAGCAAAGGGGUUAUUCACUGCUCGUUGGGUCUAGCAGGAAGGCAUUACAUCAUGCUGUGCUAGCAAAAGUGUCCAUUCCAGUGCUAAAGAAAAGAUUAUCCAUCUCUGUUAAUCGCAGCUAUGGGUGUCUUUGGAAGGAAAGGGGUGACGAAGGGCAAAUCACAUGGUACGGUUAAGGGGGUGGGGAUCACAUUUGCUUCUUUCCCUUCUCCUAUUCUUUGGUUUAUAUUUUUAAUAUUAUAAUUAAUAUUAUUUGGUAAUGAGGCUUCAUGUAUUUGCACAGCCCCUGCAGGUCAGGUGGCUUUGUGUUUUACACCUGCCUACUGCAAGAGGGGUCUAUGGAGCAACUCAGGUCUUGGUAUAAAGAGCAGCGCUCUGCUUGCCCCUUCUGCAGUGAAUGGGUGUCUUAUUUUCCCCUACCCUUAAAAGCCACACUGAGGCCAGUGCUUGCACAUUGAUUUGGGGGGGGGCAACCUGCCAACCUCCAACCCAGACCCCAAGUGCAUUAUCACUGACUCAUACAAAGACUAGAAAGGGCAAACUUACUGCAGUAUUCCCUCAAUUUAAUGUAUUGGAGUAUCUGGGGCCACGUUGUUGGGUUAAUUAAAGCUUGUCGAAUGGACAAAUUCAGUUUUUUAAUUGUUUUUAUGUGUCCUUUUUUAUCUAAAGAAAACAAUUUGUUAUGUCCAAAAAAAUUUGUAACAUUGGAACCAUUAAAUGCCAAAAUGUG